UCGUUUUGAGGACUACCACAGUAGCACAGGCUAUUAUCAACACGCGCCCCGUUUGCUUCAAGACGACCGACCUCCUCGUUAAGAUGAACGACCAAUUCUUCCUCAGCGCUACCAUCUCAAGAACACCCCAUCAAGCUCGAUCAUCCUUACGGGAGGCCAUCCCGGCUCUCUCCUCUCGCGGCUUGUUGGCUGCUUCCAAAUGGGCUGCCGAGUUGCUUGUUUCUGUUCGGCCAUCGACUGGCACAGAUGUUGGAAUGGGCAAUCAAGAUUUAGAAGACUCCCCCAUGGCAGAAGGAACAUCCUUGGAUCCGGGCCCAUCCAUACCAACGGGAUCGAAAUCAAAGUCCAAGCAAUCUGAACACGUUGAAAGUCGCUUUGACUAUCGAAUCUCCGAUGAGGAUACUUACUUAGUUGGCAAAGCCUACUUCGACGUGAAGGAAUAUGAUCGCGCCGCGAUCGCCCUGAAGCCCAUCAAACGCGGUCCAGGUCGAUUCUUGGGACUCUAUGCGCGUUUUUUGGGGAUUGAAAAACGGAUUAACGAUAUUUCAGGACCCCCACUCGCCAGCCGAGAUCACCAGCGGAAAUUCACGACCCAGCAUCACGAUUUACUUAGGGAUCUACAGCCAUCUGUUGACCCAUUUGAUUUAUACUUAAAAUCAAUUUUACUCUCCCGUGGUGGCUAUCGAUUGGAAGCUAUCGACGCCUUAGUUCAUUCGAUCAAUUUGCACCAAUACAAUUGGAGCGCGUGGAAGUUACUGCAAAAACUCAUCGAAGGCGCUGAUGAGCUCGAAACAGUAAUUCCCAAACUCCCUCGCGAUGGUUUUAUGAGUCGAUUUUUCUUUGUGCACGCUACCUUAGAAACCCAUACUACCGGUAACGGUGAUACGUUGACGAAAGUAGUUGAAGAGCUUAGAGAACUGUUUCCUAGCUCUUUAUUCCUCAAAAGCCAGCAAGCUUUAAUUGCUUAUCACGUUCGAGAUUUUGACACGGCGGAGACGAUUUUUGACAGCAUCUAUGAAGCGGACACCUACCGAGUCGAAGAUGUGGACACCUAUUCAAAUAUCUUGUAUGUGAUGGACAAGCGGGCCAAGCUGACCAGUUUAGCACAACAUUAUGCUGGCGGAGUCGAAAGCGCAGGAGGUGAUCGGAUGAGACCAGAGGUAUGCUGCUUGCUGGGAAAUUAUUGGAGCUUGAGUGGUGAACAUGAAAAGGCAAUCAUCGAAUUCAAGCGCGCUUUACGCCUCGAUCCUGGCUAUUUAAGUGCCUGGACCUUGAUGGGCCACGAAUAUGUGGAAAUGAAGAACACGUACGCUGCUAUUGAAUCGUAUCGUCGAGCCAUUGAUGCGAAUUCCAAAGACUAUCGCGCAUGGUACGGACUUGGGCAAACGUACGAGGUAUUGGAUAUGCUCAGUUACUCGCUGUAUUACUACCAGCAAGCAACCGCUCUCAAGCCAUAUGAUACGCGAAUGUGGUUAGCGCUUGCGCAAGUUUAUGAGAAAUUGGGACGCAGAAGGGAAGCUCGAAUGACGACUAAGCGUGCAUUGAUGAAUGCCCAGCCCCAUGUCGGGCUCGGUGGCCAAGAGGAUUUCGCGGUCCUACUCAAACUGGCCGAGUUGUAUGAUGCGGACGGUAUCGUGGCUGAAGCAGCCAAAUAUCAUAAAAAAUUCAUCGACGAAAGUUUGGAGUUAGAAGGUGGACCGACGGUUUCACUUGCCAAAAGCUUGCUCUACCUAGCCAAGUACGAAAUUAAGAUUAACAGUAGUACAUCCAGUCCAGAUUUUUCGAGCGCCAAGGAAUACUUAAUGACUCUGUGUCGGAUGAAUGUAGAUGAAAAAGAAGAUGCUAAGAAUCUGUUACGAAGAUUGCAAGCUCUCGAUCCCAAACCGACACAGACAUGAACAUCCACAGGAGUGAUUUGUAUGUUCCCAUAAAUCUGUAAAAUUGUUCGCAUACUCAUUUUUCAUCGGUGCUGUCAUUGUUAAAAAAAAGUUCUAUCUGAGUUCCUAUGCUCAGUUUGCCCGACUUGAUGGAGCAGCAGCUUGAUAUCCAAGAUCUGCCCGCCUCUUCAUGAAAAAGGUUCGAACCAUUCCAUCGGAUGUGUGGGAUUUUGUACUCUUUCCACUUGCCUCUCUUUCUCUAUUUUUAGUAUUUAUUUUUUUGGAAAAACACUUCAGCUCCGUGUGGAUGAUUU